AUGCUCCGGAAUCUCAUCCUCUGGCCCUGGAGCUGCUGCUGCUGCUGCUGCUGCUUUUGCUUUUGGGGCUGAGUUUAAUAAGCGAGCGAGCAAGCGAACGCGGGGGGAAAAAGGCAGAGAAUGUCCGCCAUCUACCCUCCGCUCCUGGGCGCGCUCUCAUUCAUAGCAGCCUCUUCAUGAAUUACAGCUGAGGGGGGCGGGGGAGGGGGGUACCACACAACACCCCAGCAAACCUCCGGGCCCCCAGGCAUGGCUAGCUCGCCGCCGCCGCCGCCGCCGGGAGCCGCGGGCACAGUCCGGGGACGCGGCUAGCAGCCUCGGCGGCCGCUACGAUGUGUGCCGUGCAGGUGAAGCUGGAGCUGGGGCACCGCGCCCAGGUGAGGAAAAAACCCACCGUGGAGGGCUUCACCCACGACUGGAUGGUGUUCGUGCGCGGCCCGGAGCACAGUAACAUACAGCACUUUGUGGAGAAAGUCGUCUUCCACUUGCACGAAAGCUUUCCUAGGCCAAAAAGAGUGUGCAAAGAUCCACCUUACAAAGUAGAAGAAUCUGGGUAUGCUGGUUUCAUUUUGCCAAUUGAGGUUUAUUUUAAAAACAAGGAAGAACCUAAGAAAGUCCGCUUUGAUUAUGACUUAUUCCUGCAUCUUGAAGGCCAUCCACCAGUGAAUCACCUCCGCUGUGAAAAGCUAACUUUCAACAACCCCACAGAGGAGUUUAGAAGAAAGUUGCUGAAGGCAGGAGGGGACCCGAACAGGAGCGUUCAUACCAGCAGCAGCAGCAGCAGCUGCAGCAGCAGCAGCAGCAGCAGCAGCAGUAGCAGCAGCAGCAGCAGCAGCAGUAGCAGCAGCAGCAGCAGCAGCAGCAGUAGCAGCAGUAGCAGCAGCAGCAGCACCAGUUUUUCAAAGCCUCACAAGUUAAUGAAGGAGCACAAGGAAAAACCUUCUAAAGACUCCAGAGAACAUAAAAGUGCCUUCAAAGAACCUUCCAGGGAUCACAACAAAUCUUCCAAAGAAUCCUCUAAGAAACCCAAAGAAAAUAAACCACUGAAAGAAGAAAAAAUCGUUCCUAAGAUGGCCUUCAAGGAACCGAAACCCAUGUCAAAAGAGCCAAAACCAGACAGUAACUUACUCACUAUCACCAGUGGACAGCAAGACAAGAAGGCUCCUAGUAAAAGGCCCCCUAUUGCAGAUUCCGAAGAACUCUCUGCCAAAAAAAGGAAAAAGAGUAGCUCAGAGGCUUUAUUUAAGAGUUUUUCUAGCGCACCACCGCUGAUACUCACUUGUUCUGCUGACAAAAAACAGAUAAAAGAUAAGUCUCACGUCAAGAUGGGAAAGGUCAAAAUUGAAAGUGAGACCUCAGAGAAGAAGAAAUCGACUCUACCACCAUUUGAUGAUAUCGUGGAUCCCAACGAUUCCGACGUGGAGGAGAACAUGUCCUCCAAAUCUGACUCUGAGCAGCCCAGCCCUGCCAGCUCCAGCUCCAGCUCCAGCUCCAGCUUCACGCCGUCCCAGACGAGGCAACAAGGUCCUUUAAGGUCUAUCAUGAAAGAUCUGCAUUCCGAUGACAAUGAGGAGGAAUCCGAUGAGGCAGAGGAUAAUGACAAUGACUCGGAAAUGGAGAGACCUGUAAACAGAGGAGGCAGCCGAAGCCGCAGAGUUAGCUUAAGUGACGGUAGCGACAGUGAAAGCAGUUCGGCUUCUUCACCCUUACAUCACGAACCCCCGCCACCCUUAUUAAAAACCAACAACAACCAGAUUCUUGAAGUGAAAAGUCCAAUAAAGCAAAGCAAAUCAGAUAAGCAAAUCAAGAACGGUGAAUGUGACAAGGCCUACCUAGAUGAGCUGGUGGAGCUUCACAGAAGGUUAAUGACGCUGAGGGAGCGACACAUUCUGCAGCAGAUCGUGAACCUUAUAGAAGAAACUGGACACUUUCAUAUCACAAACACAACAUUUGAUUUUGACCUUUGCUCGCUGGACAAAACCACAGUCCGUAAACUACAGAGUUACCUGGAAACAUCUGGAACAUCCUGAGGAUACAACAACUGGAUGCAUCAAAAACUAUUGGUUUUUUUUUUUUUUGGUUGUGAUUUUUUUUUGUUUAUAUGAAAACACUCAGAAUGAUGCAACCAAAAGGGAAAAAAUAAAAAUCAAACAACCUUCAGCUUUAUUUUUCUUUAAAGCCAGUCAUCAUCUCUUGAUAAAGGAGAGGUUAAGCAAACCAGCCUCAGUGGACCACUCUUCUCUCCAAGGAAAUCCCCGGGAAGAGUUAGCCUGGAUAGCCUUGAAAACAAAUCCAACACAACACAAGAACACUUAAAGAAUGUGUAUGGUAUCAUGUAUCUCUCUCUGUGGUGGUUCAUUCCACAGGACGAAUGCAUAUUCAACACACUGCCUUAUUACAUAACUGAUCUAUUUAUUAUCGCAUACAGAUAUUCUAAAGUCGUUGAGGGAAUGACACCACAAGACAUUAGAAGUACUUGUACUCGGUCCCAUGGAUGCUCUUUCAAUGCAGCGCCCUCGCCAUCAAGCCCAGUGACCUUACUCGUACACCGUGCCACCCUCCACCUACUUUUCCAAGUCCUUUUACUCGUUGCAGUCUGUAUUUGCCACCUUUUGUUUUUCCAGUUCCGGGACACAAAUGAUCAACUGGGGGACCAAAUUGCCCCCUGAUUUUCUUCUUUGUGGUCUUUCUCCUGAGAGUUGGGGCCCAGCCCUUGGCUGUAUCCAUAUAAUGAUCUUGGACCAUGGUAGAAAAUGCACCAAAUAGGAUAUGAAUUGUUGUCUAGCCUUAGUCAAUAAACCUGUAGGACUUUUAACCAAGUGUACCUGUAAACAUCCGGCAUCCAGCACUGUUGAGCGGUCUUCAACAUUCUUGUGUCUGUUUUACGGUUCUAAUAUUAGAUAAAUACGGAAGUAAAGGCAUUCCACAGGAUCAUCAUUUAAAAAAAAAAAAAAAGGAAUUCUGGUUCUGUUUUCUAAAGAAAUGUUAUAGAAAUUCUUAAUUUGGGUCUAUUUAUUAGUAAGCGUUUCAACUUUCUUCGGCUGCCAGUGUGUUCUCCAUCUUGACCAUAAAAUCUGGAAUAUGAGAUUUUUGUUCAUGUAUGAUCCUCUUAGACUUUUUUAUAUUUGGAAAAUUAAAAUCUUUCUUUGGGGGAAGAUUGUUGGUUAUUCUGCCAUAACAGAUUAUGUAUUAACUUGUAGAUUCCGCGGUUUGAUCCUGUUUAGUCACUUGCUUAUGUUUCCAGAAGGAUUUCUUGUAUUGGUGAAAAUAAAGCAGGUCGGGGAAGCGGGGGGAGAUUUUUUGUUCUUGAUGUACCCUGUUUGAAAACUAGAAAUCUGUCCUGUGGCAUGCAAAAGAAAGCGAAUUAUUUUUAAAAGAAAAAAAGAAAACCCAAAGUACUUUUGGUGUCAUUAUUCCAUCCUCUCCGUAAGUGGAGAUAUGCAGAGUGAGAACAGCUCAUCUUCCACGUUUUUGGUAGGAACUCAACCGAAAAGAAGGGGAAAUGAAGAAAUAACUUCUGGAUCCAAAGGUUCAUUCACUGGAUCAGCCUUAAGAAAGCCUCUAUGUGUGCGACUAGACCAGUCUCUAGGCUCUCCCUUGUUUAUUUCCGUGCCAGAUGCUGUCUUUUCAUACAGAGAUUAACUAGUGUCUGUACCGAAAAUGGGCUUUCCAGACCCAUUCUUUUGGGCAGUAAUAUAAAUGCAGAUUGAUAAUGAAGUUAUUUCUGCAUUUAAAAAAAGGGAUUUUUUUACAUUGUUUCUUUCUAUCCAAAGACACUAUUUUUUUUCCUUUAAAAGAUUAUAAUACAGCCAUGCUCUUGUAAAUUACUUCUGAAGCAUCCUCCUCAAGGACAAGUGUACUCUUGCAGUAAUGUUGAUUCUCGAUGAUUGGCAUGAACCGCCCUUGAAGCAUUUGUUGUGUGUCCCCCUUCUCAGUGUUCAACUCCAGAGACACUUCUGGAGCGAUUUUGGACAUAAGGUGACUGAUUUGUGUGGUUUUAGGUGUGGUUUUAGUUGUGUCUGGUUCUGUUUUUAACUCUGCCCAUGAAAGGGGGAGGGUGAUGCUUAUAUGAAUUGUUUGGAAAAUUUAGAAAUCUUUAAACGUUUCUAACUGCUAAUCCACAUACUCUAAUUAAGCCAGAAAUGGAUGUGGUUUAACUGAAAUAUCUGUGUAGUGUAACUAGAAAUGUAUAUAUGUAGUUUGGGCCAUUUUUAUUUUUGUAACUAAGUUGUACGGCAAAGAUGAUUUGGCGGCGUGGAGAUUUUUCUCGUUCCUCUGGCUGUUUGCCAGGAAACUAGGUAACUUAAGCGACCAAACAACAAGAAGAACAAGAAGGGAAGCUAUACAGUGAUAAACUUUAGACCUAAAAUUUAGGCAAUAAAGCAAAUGUCUUCAGAAUAUUGUCAAAAUGUAAGUUUGUAAAUUUAAUAAUGAAAUACAAGAAAACGUACCCAUCAACUCAUCCUCAUGGAUUCAGCAAAAGGAGUUGUCCACAAGAUUUCAAGAGUGAGAGUCACAUUGUUGAUUUUUUUGCAAGUUGUAUUCUUACUCUCAUCGAAUCCUUAAAUGCAGAAAUAAUAAAUCCCCUUUUGAUGAAUUUCAAAUAGUUAUACUUCUCUUCAAGUAACCCUCUCAGUUCUGUCAUGUUUAUAAACACCAUUGGAACCUGUUAAAAAAUAUAUAUAUGUAUUUGGCAUAUGCAUAUCCUAACAGUGGCUUUGGUAUUUUAAGCACAAAGGAAAAAUGGCAGGGUUUAAUUUCUUAGAUAGAUAGAUUUCAAAUAAAAUCAAUUGGGUGAUAGUGAAUAUGGGUUGAGCCAGCCUGAGUAUGAGAAACUUGCUUGAAAUUUCCCUCCAGUACUUUGCGGAGGGGCUGGAGGGGCUGGAGAAGGGAUGUAUGUCUAGAACUCCACUCCCACCCCUUAUAUAAAUGAGCUUGCCUCUGGUUUCGCAGCAGGAUUGUGUACGAGAGGGAAGGCCUCCAGCUUAGCAUAUAGCACUUAGGUUAGCAACGGAAACAUUUACAGUUACAAACACCUUCGCUGCAAUCCACUUCUCCUUCCACCUCUGUGUAGACAAAUAGGCGUCUAUACAUGCUUGCAAAUUGUGUCAAAGUGGGGGAAAGCAUAAAAACAUCAGGAGACAAAAGCUCUACAAGAAAAAGCGAAGGGACUGUGCUGCACAUUUUUAAAUUGCUAAGCCAGGGUUUCUGAUCUGAAUCAUUAUUCCCCUUUUUGUGGAAAAAGCCAAAAAAUUUGGUUUUCUUCCACAAUAAAGUUUCUGCUGAUUCCUUUUACAAACCCAACUAACCUUUUAGACAGCUCAGGCCUACACAAUAUCCCACAUACUAUUUCAAGCCCCACUGUUCCAAAUAUGUUCAAGUUAACAUACUUGUUUACAAGAGACUUUAUUCUUAAGUGUUUUAACUCCACCUGGGGAACAGAAUUGGAUGUCUAGCGGUGGACAUGGAGGCUUGUGUCCGUUUCUCUUACUUGUGGAAGUCACUGGCUCCAGUGUAGUCAGCUGUCUGCUCAUUAUGCUCCCCCUUUAGCAUUUUGUGUUCUGAUGCUAUGGACUGCACACCCUCUGAUCUCGCUUCAGACUUUUGCUCUAAAAUUGGGAAUCUGAUGUAGCGACAAUUACAGCUGCAGUGAAUGUUGAGGAGUUGCUUCCCAUGGUUUGGUUGAGUCUUGGGCCGGAAGUCUACAUCUUUAGCCCCUGUUGUUUUGUAUGACGCUUUUGAUCGUGUAGGCACGGCCAUCCCCGGAUGUUCCUUGGAAAGAUGCAUUGAAGAAGUCCAUUUAAAAGGAAGACAAAGCCACCGCUGUCUGUAAACUGUAAAUAUGUAUUUUGGCACUUGUACUGCAGUAUGUGCAAAUCGAGUUCGGAUGGAAAUGCUGACAGAUUCUUCACGGUGGCCAGAGCUACUGUGCAGUGCAAAAAUAAAUGAAGCGAAAAUGUAUUCUUGAGAUUAACAGUGCAAGGCCAGUGCAUUUUAUAAAUCUGUCAGGAUCGCUUUUAAUGGAGUGUGUAUGUGUAGUUAUGUUGAAAGCUACACUGUGUAUGUGUGUGUCGAUACUGUUAUGUGAACUACAAGGCAUUCGUAAGAUGUAUUUCUCAUCUCUAAAACCCGUGUUGAAAUAUAGUACAGAUUGACAGAAA